AUGAUCUCAGACACCAACAUUGGCGACUAUGAAAUCAUCAAGGGGGCUGUGCUGGGAACUGGUGCCUUUGCUACUGUUUGGAAGGGCCGCUCCAAGAAGGACCCCUCUAAUCUGGUAGCCAUAAAAGCUAUCAAGAAGAAAAACUUCCUCAAGUCUCAACAACUUCUCAGUAAGGAGAUCACUAUACUCAAGGAGUUAUCAAGUCUACAUCACCGAAAUGUAGUGGGGCUGCUGGACUGUGUGGAGCUGAAGGAUGAUGUCUGUCUGGUGAUGGAGUUUUGCAAUGGUGGGGACCUGGCAGACUGUUUACAUAGAAAUGGCACACUCAGUGAAGACACCCUGUGUUCCUACGUCAAGCAGAUUGCUGAAGCCAUGAAAGCCCUGCAGCACAAAGGGAUUGUUCACAGAGACCUCAAACCUCAGAACAUUCUCCUGUGUUACCAGGGCACCAAGUACCCACACCCUUCAGAGAUGCUGCUGAAGAUUGCCGACUUUGGGUUCGCCCGCUUCAUCAGUGGAGCAGAAAUGGCCACCACUUUGUGUGGGUCACCCAUGUACAUGGCCCCGGAAGUGAUCAUGUCUGUGAAGUACAGUGCCAAGGCUGACCUGUGGAGUAUUGGUACAAUAUUGUACCAGUGUCUGACCGGCAGAGCUCCCUUCCAAGCACACAACCCCCAGGAGUUAAAGAAGAAAUAUGAGAAGAGUCCCGGACUCAAACCCAAUAUACCUGCCAGCACCUCGCCGGAGUUGCGCGACUUGCUGCUACGCAUGCUGAAGAGAGAUGCAGAGGAGAGAAUUUCUUUUGAUGAGUUUUUCACACAUCCGUUCCUGCUGAUGUCUAGUCCAAUGAAAG